AUGCUGUCCAGGCGGAUUUUGGCCGCGCGCUUGCCGACGCAGGCUUGUACGAGAAUACCCACGACCGCCCGCCCGGCGUUCACGCAAGUUCGACAUGCUUCACAGGCUGAGGUUGAAGACCCCGAACUGGUUGGUUCUGAGCAAUACGCCCCCGUCAACGGCGGGUAUCCCAACCCUCCUGCUCAGAAACGCCAAUUCCGCGACCCGUACGGUGGUUGGUGGGAUCAACAAGACAAGAGAAAUUUUGGAGAGCCAGUCCACGAAGAUAACGAUAUCCUCACCACGUUCAGUACCGAAUCCUACACCCACUUCAAAGCCCCCAAAGCGUUUUUCUUGCUGGGCUGCGCUAUCACCACCGUUUUUGCUUUUAGCGGUGUCGUUAGCUUCUUCUAUCCUGACAAGCCGAGCGCACCCCGGACGUUUGACGACGGGCUUGAAAAGGAAUUGGGAGGCGUCAAUGCUGUCAGGGCAAGAAAGCCUGGCGAAGAUUCGUGGUAG